GAUUGCUCUAGCGUUGCGCGCGAACCCGGCUGUUCUGUAACGACAAAAACACGGGAUACUCAAAGAGCUUCAUUUCUCAUCUAAAACGCAAAAUAAUUAUAUUAUAACACAAUGCAUAACCAGUAUGAGCGUUUCUAUAUCAUUGCCUGACGCCUGCAAAGGUAACGUGAAGAGAGCAAGAGAACUAGCCAGCUAGCUAACGUUAGCUCAGCCACGCAUUGCACAUUCUAGAUUCAUGAUCGGUGGUGAACGGCACCGGUGACACUGAUUGGUGGUAGACCUACAUUUGCAAGUUACUGUCAAGAUAGCGACAUAAUAGAAUAUCAGCCCCUGUUUUUUGUAGACAAAACGUGAAAACAACAACAGUUGAAACAUCAUGGCAGAGAAAGGAAACAAACCCAAACAGAGAAGCCUCUCAAUAACGAAGAGGAAAGGAUACGUCGGUAGUAAAGAUGGUAAGAAGAGUGCCAAUGCAUGUCCUGGUACAGCCUCCAUCUCAUCAUUCUUCAACAACGCCCCGCCACCUAGACUGCCAUGUCCUCUGUGUGGUCAGCUAGUGCCACGGUUCAGGAUAAACCAACACAUUGACUCACAGUGUCAGAACUUUCAGAGGGAAGAUGGCGCAUCCAUUGAUACUGCUUCAGCCUGUAACAUUGUUACUACAACAAAGCUGGCAUCGUCUCACUCUCCUUCCAGGAGAGCCAGUAAGGACCAUGAUCCAGACACAGGGCCUUCCUGUCCAAAGGAGGAAAAGCCUCAGCGAGAGGCCAACACCAGCCCAUACUUUAAAAAGUCUGGUGCUUCUUCUUCUUCUCAGCAGGUAAACACCAGAGAGAUGAGCAGUAAGACUGUAGUCAGGCCCAUUGACAUAUGUAGCAGGCUGUCCUCUAAGCUCUCCAGGAGGGGCUUGAAGCAAAGGCUGAAGUCUCCUGAGGACAUACAGUCGCAGGUUGAUGACAUCAUCACCAUCCAGGAGUCCCCAGAGAGAGACAGAAGGUCUGAGGAGCUGAGCAGCUCUCAGAAGGAGAACCACCUCCCUCAGGGAUUUGGUGACCAGACAACAUGCUUAAUGGACACAGAGACAACAAAUGUCACAGUGGAAAGUCACAGUACUAUUUCACUGGGCAGACCUCAGGUAGAAAGCAGAGAAGAAACUUUAGAAUGUUUAGAAUCCAAAUCUGAAUCUAAAUUAGAAUCAUUGUCUCCGGUAGUUUCUAUGGCCCCGCAACCUCUGUCCUAUGCUCCAUCCAGACUGAACAAGAGGAAGAAAGGAGGGAAAGCGGAGGUCUCUGUUAAAACACAGAGGAUGUCUACUCGCAGCAAGAAAGCCAGAUGUGAGAAGAGAGAUGGUGAAGAACCAGAUGAUGACCUCACUAGAAACAAACUCCUUACGUCAACAACAACAACAGCUGAUGAUGAUAAGCAACACGGAACAGAAGAAUCUUCAACUGGUAACUGUGACACUCUUUUGAAGAGCAGCACAGAGGUGCCCGAGGAGGAGCAUCAGAGAAGAAAAGUAAAACUAGAGGAAGAAGGAGAACAAGAAGAAUCCACAGUGACCGGUAGCAGUGAUCAGCUGACAGAGCCUGACACAGACAGAGGAACUGAUAAGCAAGAUUCCGAGUCACCGCGGUUACCAUACUACCUGGGUAACUUCCGGACCGUGCUAGAGGCAGUGCUGGAGAAUGAAGACGAUAGGAUGCUGUUCAAUCAAGAAGACCUUUCAGCCAUACACGGCUUUGAGCGUCUGUCAGUGACAGGACAGAAGCUGUAUGUGAGACUGUUCCAGAGGAAACUGAAGUGGCUCCAGGUCAACAAGCUAAACUAUAAUGAGAUUAGCACUGACCUGGGACCUGUAGCUCAGGAGCUGGUGGAAGGAGGUUUCCUACAGACAGACAGUGACCUCCAGGAGCUUGGGGAGGUGCUGGACCUGCUGCCCGCCCCGGAGCUCCGUAGCCUGGCUAAGACGUUCCACUUGGGGGGUCCUGGGUCUGGUACCCAGAAACAUCAGCUGAUGGAGGGACUCCUGAAGCUGAGCAGACAGAGGUCUCUGUUCGCCCUGGCCCCUGGACAGAACAACAUUGGGACUGUCAUACUAAAGAGGGCGAAGCAGCUAGCUGGUUCCUGUGUACGUCUGCAUCGCGGCCCCAGGGCUGUGUUCUCUCGCGUCCUCCUCCUCUUCUCCCUGACAGAUGGUCUGGAGGAGGAGGAGACAGCCGGAGGGGGUCAGGGUCAGCUCUACACCAUCCUACUGGUCAACUCUGGCCGACUGGCCUUCCCUGACUACACCGUACAGCGCAGAGCCAAACUGUUCCUGGAUAGAGAAGAUCUUAUCAGGUACGAGGCGGCGAUGCGAGCGCUGCAAGAGGUGAUCACAGCCAUGCAGACCGGCCACUGGGAGGACGCUCUGGGACUUUACACUGCAGCCAAGACGACCUGGCAGGAGACGAGCAAGACGUACGACCUCAGCCACCAGGAAGAGCUGCCAGUGUUCCUGCGCUGUUUCACCACAGGGUGGGCCUACACACGCAUCCUGUCCAGGGGAGUAGAAGUACUGCAGAGAUUACGUUGCUACAAGGAAGCGGUGAAGGAGCUGCGCUCACUAUUGUCCCAGUCAGUCUACUGUCCAGACAGCCGGGGGCGAUGGUGGGACAGACUGGCACUCAAUCUCCAGCAACACCUCAAACUACCUGAACAGGCUAUCAGCUCCAUCAGAGACGGUCUCUCUGACCCCUUGGUGAGGACAGGCCACCAGCUUUCACUCCACCAGAGAGCCAAUAGGAUGAAGGAAUCCCCUAGCUACAAGAAUUACCACCCUGUACUCAGUGACCUGCCCACCAUCCACGUCAACGAUGUCACUCAUGUCACUAUCCGAGGGCAGCUCUUCCCCCACGAGGGGGGGACAGGGAAGAAUGUGUUCCUCAUGCCUGCUGAGGAGGGGGCAGAGGGAGGAUACUCCACUGUCAUGUGUUCUGUGGAAGAGCUGUCACUGGCACACUACCGUCGGCAAGGCUUUGACCAAGGGAUCCAUGGAGAGGGCUCCACGUUUUCCACUCUGUUUGGUCUUCUGUUAUGGGACAUCAUUUUCAUGGAGGGUAUUCCAGACGUCUUCCGGAAUCCCUACCAGCCCUGCCCACUGGACCUCUUCACAGACUGUUUCUAUGGGAACCGGAGGGAGGCGAUAGAGACGCGUGUGCAGGUGAUCUGUGAGGCGUCCAUUGAGACGCUGCACAACCUGAUGGCCGAGGCCUGGACCAAUCAGGAGGGGAAGAUGUGUUCACUGGUCAACUGGGAGCGCUUCUCAUCCCUGCAGCGGGCACAGAGUCUAGUGUCUUGUCUGGGUGGAUCGUUUCUGGGAGGGAUGAUCACUAGGAUGGCCAAGGACUACAGACACUGUCGAGCAGGACUGCCUGACCUAGUGGUGUGGAACACAUCCAACAACACCUACAAGCUGGUGGAGGUGAAGGGCCCUAGCGACAAACUGUCCCAGAAGCAACAGAUCUGGUUGGAUGAGCUACAGAGACUGGGGGCUGAUGUAGAGGUUUGUCACGUCACUGCCACCGGGGCCAGAGGAGCUUGGCUGGAAUAGGACUGAUGAGCUUGGCAAACACCUGCCUUGACCUUUGACCGUCUCACUGAAGUACAGAAUUGAAUGAUUUUUUUUUAUUUUAUAAAAAUAGCACUCUGUACAGUUUGUUGCAGGACAGACAAGGUUGAGGGGGGAAAAAAAACACAAUGCGCUUUAAUGACUGUAUUUGAUACUAUAACUGUCUAAUAUGUAAAUAAAAUUAUCUCUAAUACAUGUAAUAAUUGAAUGUUGAAUGUGAAAAUGUUAGCUUUCUUAGUGUCUGGUGAUGCCUGGGAAAAGUAUUUUUUUGUCCUAUUUAGUCAGCAAUGAGUAGAAGAAUGACCUGAACAUUACAUGAUGGACUUGCGUUAUACUUUUUGAAACAUUACCUGAAAUAUCUGUUACAAUAGUUGGAAUUGCAUUCAGUUGUACACCUGACUAGGUAUCCCGUUUUCCCAAUCUGUCACUCCAUAAUGAUGGGGGAAGGGAGAAUCCUCCAUCCCUACGUCUGACGUCGGGGCGUGAAAGAGAGGGCAGGCGAGGAGAGGAAGCUGCGAUCAACAUAGGCAGGGCGUCUGAGCCUAAACAAGGACAAAGUGAUCACGGUAUCAAUGCUCUAACAAUGGAUUUAGCAGAUAUGCAUGUCGUCAAAUUCUUCUGUUUCGUCUACUUAAUAAAUUACACCCAGGGUGA